AUGUAUUUAAUAUUAGCAUCCCUCACAAUCAACGUACUCUCUCAGUUUACUAAAACCAUUCAAGUCCCUGUUGUUGAUGCAAAUGCCACAGAGACUGUUGCUGAAAACAUUUAAACUAGAAGUACUAGAAUUUAUUCAGAUCCAAACAAAGGAGCAUGUAUAUGUGAUCUGAUAAUCAACAUAUGUGAUGCGCAAUGUUGUUGUGAUACCAGAUGCACAGAUGCAUUAAUAGAAGAAUGGACGACCUUAGGAAAAUGUUUGAAUUCAAAAUCAGAAACUGAUUACUUUUACCCUGAAUGUGGUGAUCUAGUCAACCUAGUUAAUGUUUUUGAUGACAAAUAUCAUUUCAAUUAAAUCAAUGAUAUCAUGUGCAGUGCAGUCUAAAGAUUACCUUAUGCAGGUGUAUAUGCCAAUAUUGACGAUACUCAAACUUUAACAGCGGAUUACAAAAGUUUCGAUAUUGUAAGUGCUGGGAGCAUCCUGUUCACCCUAGCCACUAAUCCCUAAUACAUUAAUCCUGCAGCUUAACUACCCUAAGGCUAUUAUUCUGGUAAUCCAGGAUACAUCAAAGGGAAACCUCUGAUGGUUGGGAAAUCCAAUGGAGCCAAUUCCAAUCUCAUUUGGUAUAAAGAAUUACGAGUUUACGCAUGGUCAGAGAAUGGUUAUUGCAGCCCAGGAACAAGCUCAUAUAAUUCUAAGUUGUAUAAAGUCAUCAAUUUCGGAGAAGAUCUCGUUAUAAGUUGUACACUUGAAUCGACCGUAAAUUUAGGAACUUACUGCUCUAGUGGAGUCACUUAUGAAAUAAUGAAGAGUCUUAAAGACAGCACUGGGAACUAUUAUUAUUUUGGAAAAUGGGGUUCUUCAAAUAACAACAGAUCUGGGGAAUGGCUCUAGGUUAAUUCGACAGAGAUCCAAAAUGUCACAUCAUCUUGUGCUUUGCCUCUAGAAUAAUAAUUGACUAUUAUUUACUAGAAGGUUGGAUUUAUGGGAGAUCUCUAAAACACUAUCAUCUCAGCCAAUGUGACCAAUAUACCACUUAGUGCUGCAAGUUACACCAGCAACUCAGUGCAAUUGAGUUUGAAGGUUAAAUUUAUUGAACUCGCUAACACUGAUAUAGAUCCAACUAUUGAGAAGUCUUUGCGAGACACCGUCACUCCGUAUGUUAAGAAAAUCUUUUUGCCUUUCACUUUUUCAUUACAAUUAGUUUGGUUUGGAGUGAUUUUAAUUUUCUUAUUUAUAUGA